UCUCUAUUUUUUUGCUUUUAAUGUAUUUUCUUGUGGAUAACACACAACUGGGCUUUGUUUGUUUUUGAAAUCCACUCUGACAAUCUCUCUUUUAAUUGGUGUAAUCAGGUUAUUCACAUUUAAAGUGGUUAUUGAUAGAGUUGGAUUAAUAUCUACAAUGUUUGUAACUGUUUUGUAUGUGUCUCAGUUGACUUUCAUAUCUAAUUUUGAAUUUGUAAUUUCAUAUUCUUUGUCUUAAAGAGAACGCUUGCAGACCCCUUAAAAUCUGGAGACGCCCCCUACCUUGCACACAUUUUACCGGUAUGUGACGGUAGAAAAGCUGCACAGCAGUCUUGGCAGGCGGGGCAGGAGGGACGCAGGGAUUCACAGAUGCGACUGUGCAACGCACAGAUGCACUGGGUCUUUGCCUGGUGGGUUCAAAGCCUCCAGACGCUGACAAACGCUGCAGCCAAUGAGUGGGUUCCCAUAGUCCGAUAUGGAGGGCAAGGGGCGGGACUCCCUCCUGCCUCUCGCUGGCUGGGUUCAGAGUCUCCGCGAAGAGACUGCGUUGGGCCCAGAGUGGGCGUGGCUUACGUGUCCGCCGGCUUUCCUGGCAGGCCUGGCAGGGGGGCCAGGUUGCCAUGACGACCGCGGCUAGGUCGCUGCAGACUCGGUUGGUGACUCCGGGCGCGUCGAAGAUCGUGUACCUGUCGUUCGCAGUGGCUCAGUUUCCCAGUAAUCCAUAAGAACAGCAGGGAUGACAGGGUCCCAUGUCGGUUUUUGGUUUGAAUUCCUCGACUGGAGACCCGUGCCCGGCAGGCUGCACUGUGCCCCGCGCACUGACUCCGGCCUCUGCUGGAGCCCCCUGGCCGGCUCCGGGGUGGGAAGGGGGCUUUGCAGAUCCCCAGAAAACCGCCCGGCGAGCCACGAGCCCGCGGACUGCAGGCUCCGCUUCCUCGUGGGGUGUUCACUUUGUGUCAGUGUGUUGAUUUGCCGCCAGUUAGAAGCAUCUUAAAAAGGGGCCGGGGGCCAUAGGAGGGGGGCUUAUCUGAAGGAGGCUCUGGGCUUGCUGAUCCACGCAGCGGUUUGUCGCGAGGCUGCGGGGGAACGGCCCACGGCCGCGGUAACAGGGCUUCGUCUUCUUUGCAGAGCCAUGGGCAGCAGGAAGAAGGAAAUUGCCCUGCAGGUCAACAUCAGCACCCAAGAGCUUUGGGAGGAAAUGCUCAGUUCCAAAGGACUAACUGUUGUUGAUGUCUAUCAAGGCUGGUGUGGCCCCUGCAAACCUGUGGUGAGCCUCUUCCAGAAGAUGAGGAUCGAGGUCGGCCUGGACCUUCUGCACUUUGCAUUAGCAGAGGCAGAUCGUCUUGAUGUCCUCGAAAAGUACCGAGGGAAGUGCGAGCCCACCUUUCUGUUUUAUGCAGGAGGAGAACUGGUGGCUGUGGUUAGAGGAGCAAAUGCCCCACUGCUGCAGAAAACCAUCCUAGACCAGCUGGAGGCCGAAAAGAAAGUGCUGGCUGAAGGCAGAGAACGGAAAGUGAUUAAAGAUGAGGCUCUUUCUGAUGAAGAUGAAUGUGUUUCCCAUGGAAAGAACAAUGGUGAAGAUGAGGACAUGGUUUCAUCAGAGAGGACCUGUACCUUGGCCAUCAUUAAACCAGAUGCAGUGGCCCACGGAAAGACCGAUGAGAUUAUCAUGAAGAUUCAGGAAGCUGGGUUUGAAAUUCUAACAAAUGAAGAGAGAACCAUGACAGAGGCAGAAAUGCGACUUUUCUACCAACACAGAGCUGGAGAGGAGGCAUUUGAGAAGCUGAUACAUCACAUGUGCAGUGGACCAAGCCACCUCCUGAUCCUUACCAGGACUGAGGGCUUCGAAGACGUGGUCACUAGCUGGCGAACCGUCAUGGGCCCCUGUGACCCCAAUGUGGCCAGGAGGGAGCAGCCUGAAAGUCUCCGAGCUCAGUACGGCACAGAAAUGCCCUUUAAUGCCGUCCACGGAAGCCGGGACAGAGAAGAUGCUGACAGAGAACUGGCAUUGCUCUUCCCCAGUUUGAAAUUUUCAGACAAAGAUACAGAAGCCCCUCAGGGCGGUGAGGCUGAAGCAACAGAGGGGCCCACUGAGGCGCUUUGCUUUCCCGAGGAUGUGGAUUGAGAUGGCUGUGCUGCUCUUCCGGAGCACGUGACCAGGGGUCUACUGCACAAAAUGGACCUCCAGAAUCGGAACUUACUCUUUUGAGUACCAAUACUUUUUCGUUUAGCUGUCUUUUGUAGACAAUGGAAAUAAUACGGCUGGGCGCAGUGGCUCACGCCUGUAAUUCCAGCACUUUGGGAGGCCGAGGCAGGUGGAUCACUUAAGGUCAGGAGUUCGAGACCAGCCUGCCCUACAUGGUGAAACCCUGUCCCUACUAAAAAUACAAAAAAUUAGCCGGGCGUGGUGGCGUGCGCCUGUAAUCCCAGCUACUUGGGUGGCUUAGGCAUGAGAAUCGCUUGAACUGGGGAGGUGAAGGUUGCAGUGAGCCGAGAUCAUGCCACUGCACUCCAGCCUGGGUGACAGAGUGAGACUCCGUCUUAAUAAAAAAAA